ACGAACCUCAAACUUGACUGUUCUUUGAGGUCAUAAUUGACGAGGUGUGGUUGAGAACAAAAUCAUCGAAAAUUCAGAACAUGGAAACUACAACAAAUGCAUUAUUUUCCCGAACUCAGUGCAAUGUCUUUCAGUGUAAGGCGUACCAAAGAAGUACGUCAACCACGUACAAGUUCUCCACUCGAAAACCACCGGUCAAAUGACAGCUUACGGCAAACUGUCGUCAUAUUUGGCUACUUCAAGUGAUGCUCCUCAGGGUUGUCUGCUUUCCCCAUUUUUAUUCAGUUUUAACAUGAUCUUAGAGAUAACGCUGUUGUCACCCGGCUUUUCAGAGAUUGGUCUUCUACUAGGAUAUUCACUUAUUGACCUGGAAUAUAUGUUUUUGUUUCGUGAAGACGCUGACAAAAUGCAUAGUCUUCUGACAACCUCAAACAACAAUAAAAGCAUGCUUAUAUGUGGUUUCCUGCCCUUAACUGUAAAAUAUUGCUUCAGCAAUGGCUUGCGUCAUUGCUCAAGUCAAUGAUAGGGAGUGAGGUAGUUGAAAGUGUUGAUCAGUUAGCUUAUCUUGAAAGUUACGUCAGUCCUGAUGGUCUGGUAUCAGUCUAAAUGUCAGAAGACUCGAUCCGCUUUUUCCA